GCUGCAUCCUACUCUUUGGAGACUCGCUCCAGCAACUCCUCAGCACUACAGCAGCUUUGUACAGACAUUUACUGUGCUUCUGGAGGACUUAAUAAGUAAAAAUUAAAGAUCUGUGGUCCUUUUUUCACGUGUCUGAGGGACAUGAAGCACACUGGAUUCUGCAUAAUUUGGCUUUGGAUGGCAAUUCUCUUCCUCCUUCCUGUUUCAACUUCUAUGGCAGCCACUGACAAGACAGUUACAGUGUGUCCUAUAAUGAGACCAGAUGGACAUCAGCUUAGACAUAUCUAUAAAGAAAAUCUUGAUGUUUCAGGUUUUGAUCUAGCAGAAAGCUUUUCUCUGAGACAGGCAUCUUGCGGAGGUGACAAAACCUGUUUUAAACUGGGAAGCACACCUCUUAUCAGAGACACUCGGCAAGUAUUUCCAAAUGGCCUUCCUGAAGAAUACUCUUUAAUAGCCACAUUCCGUGUAAGACGAAACACCAGAAAGGAACGGUGGCAUAUAUGGCAAAUUUUAAAUCAGUAUGACAUCCCACAGGUGUCUGUCAUUGUUGAUGGUUCAAAAAAAGUUGUGGAAUAUAUAGCCAAAUCUGCUCAGGGAAAUGUGCUACACCACACCUUUAAAAAUCGGGAAAUUUAUCCUCUCUUUGAUCGGCAGUGGCAUAAGGUUGCCGUUAGUAUACAGUCAAGGAUUGUUUCCCUCUAUGUGGAUUGCAACUUAAUUGAGAGAUGGCAGACUGAUCUAAAGGAAUCCAUUGACUUUCAAGGAAGGACUUUCAUUGCUGCUCGAGCUGCUGAUGACAAGCCUGUAGAUAUUGAACUUCGCCGCAUAACAAUUUAUUGUAACCCAAAAUUUGCAGCUCAAGAGACCUGUUGUGAAAUAUCUGAGGGCAUGUGCCCACUGGAGGACAGUUUCAUUACUACUUCUUCAUCACCAGUGACUGUUCGUGUCAACAAAAUACACACUCUUCCAGUAACACAGCAGGAGUCUAAAGACCAAUGCCUCUGCUUUCCAAACAAAGGUGAAGCAGGAUUGCCAGGAGUAGCUGGUUUGCCAGGUCAGAAAGGAGAUAAAGGAGAAAAGGGUGAAGUGGGUGUUAAAGGAGAAAAUGGUGUUUCUGGUGUUCCUGGGGAAAAGGGAGAACGUGGCUUUGAGGGUAAUAAAGGAGAAGAAGGUGAAAAGGGUGAGAAGGGAGAUCAAGGAGAACCAGGACCUGAAGGCAUGCAUGGAAAAGAUGGCUUAAAAGGUGAUCCUGGUGAUCCUGGUCUGGCUGGUCCUAAGGGAGAAAAGGGAGAUGAAGGGCCUCCAGGACAAGCUGCUUUACGGGGUUUGCCAGGGCUGGAAGGUCCUCCAGGUCCACCAGGGAAAGAAGGUCAGAGGUCCAUAAAGUCAACUAAAAAGGCAUGUGAUACCAUGGUGAAUGGCACAGUAGAAACAGAUUGUAAAGGGGUUAAAGCAAGG